GGGUUGUGUCCGGGGAGGCUGUGAUGGGUUGACAGGUGCGUGACAAUCGGAGCUCUCUGCAAGCAUGUACGCCAAAGGCAAGAGUAACAACGUACCGUCCGACAGCCAAGCGAGGGAAAAGCUAGCGCUCUACGUGUACGAGUACUUGUUACAUGUAGGAGCCCAGAAGUCGGCACAGACCUUCCUGUCAGAGAUAAGAUGGGAGAAGAACAUAACGUUAGGAGAACCUCCAGGAUUCUUACAUUCAUGGUGGUGUGUAUUCUGGGAUUUAUAUUGUGCGGCACCUGAAAGGAGAGAAACCUGUGAGCAUUCCAGUGAAGCCAAGGCAUUCCACGACUACAGUGCAGCAGCAGCUCCGAGUCCUAUCCUUGGAAACAUGCCCCCAGGAGAGGGGAUGCCGGUCGGGCCUGUUCCUCCGGGCUUCUUUCAGCCUUUCAUGUCAUCGCGUUAUCCUGGCGGCCCCAGACCUCCUCUGAGAAUACCCAACCAGGCGUUAGGUGGAGUCCCUGGAAACCAGCCGCUAUUACCCAGUGGUAUGGACCCAUCGAGACAACAAGGUCAUCCAAAUAUGGGCGGGGCUAUGCAGAGAAUGACUCCGCCCAGAGGGAUGGUACCCCUUGGGCCACAGGCAUAUGGAGGAGGCAUGAGACCACCACUCAAUGCUCUUGGGGGUCCUGGGAUGCCUGGGAUGAAUAUGGGUCCCGGAGGAAGACCGUGGCCAAAUCCACCAAAUUCCAACUCAAUCGCUUACUCCUCGGCAUCUCCAGGGAGUUAUGUGGGUCCACCCGGAGGAGGAGGGCCCCCGGGGACUCCUAUCAUGCCUAGCCCUGCAGACUCGACAAACUCGGGAGAAAAUAUGUACACUCUGAUCAACACAGUGCCGCCCGGAGGAAACAGGCAAAAUUUCCCUAUUGGUCCCGGUGGAGAUGGUCCAAUGGGCAGCAUGGCAGGAAUGGAGCCUCAUCACAUGAAUGGAUCAUUAGGGUCAGCUGACAUGGACAGUAUGUCCAAGAACUCUCCUGGUAACCUAAGCAUGAGCAACCAGCCUGGAACUCCUCGAGAUGAUGGCGAAAUUGGCGGAAAUUUCCUCAACCCUUUCCAGAAUGAGAGUUAUUCUCCAAACAUGACCAUGAGUGUGUGAAGACCUCAUUUGGAAAUCCAGGUGGAUUCCACCACAUGACAUGGAACUUGUGCGAGCGCGCUGUAGCCAGCCCUCUUCUGCUCUCUGAAGAAUAUGGGUCCAAGCCUCUCCUUUCUCUCACCUUCCUUCGUUUCCUUUUUUCUUCCAACAUCAUUCUUUCACCUACUCGGUCGCGUCACACCGAGAGACGAAGCUGAACCACGUUGGGGCGAGAACGACGAUUCAACAACCUGUCUAUAUUUACGUAUAUCUUCGUGUAUAUAUGUGGGUGUACAUUCAAAGUUACAUGUGCAUGUGUAUGAAAGGACAUAUAUUGAUCCUAGAAAGAAAGACGAUGGACUUGAACUGUUUUUAACGUAAACAAAAAUCAUAUUUUCUUGAAAUAUGAUGUAAAUCGACAGAUCUAUGUAAACGGAUUUAUCGCAGUAAACACUUAUUAAGAUGCAGGGGGGGGGGGUCGAGUUCGUAAAAUGACAUAAUCGCAAUGCUAAAAAUCAAUUACGACGAGAGAGUUUGAUUUAUAUUUUAUUGAAACAGGUAGAGUUGUCACAAACAGAAAUGUGUUUGUAAUUCCAACUGACGUCUGUAAUUUAUCAUUUCCAACUGCAUUUGGCCUUCACACGUCUGUGCUCCUCCAAUGCAGCCCCAUCUGAUCAGCACCCUGGAGGUUUUGUUUGUAUAUACAGGAGAUUUAUUUUUCAGGACGAUGCCUACGAAGAACAGCCAUUCCAUAUGUAUACUUAAAAAAAAUCCAACUCUCCGAAACUGAACUGAGAUCGUCGCACUAGCUUCAGUUACCGUAGAAUAUUUCUGUCAUGUUUUGAAAACACUCCUAAUCAUGUGACGUACACAGAUACAGCGUUUACUUCUCUUAUAUUACGUUUUCUUUGUAAAAAAAUCUUUGCAUGUGAAUAUGGGAAGGAAGAAAGAUUUUAUGGAAAAAGGAAACUGGUCCUUUCAGAGGAAGGGCACAUGGGUGGGAAUUAUAAUUCCGUACAUCUGUCAUUCUAAUAAUCAACUUAUUUAUACAGCCAUUGUUGUGUCACCCGGAGAAACUGUGAUUUGCUUUGUUUUGUUUUUUUUUGUUUUAUUUCAAGUGGAAUUAUUAUUAUUAUUAAUAUUAUUAUUGUGGAAUUUCUAAAAUAUAUAUGUGAAUUUUUUUAUAGCUUGGGGAUCUGAUUCAUCUGUGUCUCUGUGAAUUAUUUAAAACAAUACUGUACAAUACCUGAGCUGUUUUCGUGUUUAUUUGUAAUAACAUUUGCCCCUGAUUUUUUUCCUGACUUGGAGAGAGACCCCAUCAUGAGUGUACAACAUUUUCAUUUGAUUUACUUGAUGUUUGAUUUUGUGAAGUGUUUAUUUUCUACCUUGUGUUGACUUUUGUAAAUACACAGAGAAGUUUUGGAUAUCCUAUACUGAUAUAAAGCUUCUUAUUGCUGUUUAA